AUGUUCAAGGGAAUAUUUGAUAAGAAUAAAACAUUUAAACCAAAAAAGGGAUUUAGCAAAGGUACAAAGAGACAUGAUCUCCAUAGACACGCAAAGGCUACUUUAGGAAGUGGUAACUUGAGAUUAGCUGUUUCUUUACCUGAAAGAGAAGAUCUUAACGAAUGGUUGGCUGUAAAUACUGUUGAUUUCUUUAAUCAAAUCAAUUUAUUGUAUGGUAGCAUUACAGAGUUUUGUACACCAAAGACUUGCGAAGUUAUGAGUGCAGGUCCAAAAUACGAAUACUUGUGGGCUGAUGGAGACACUGUCAAGAAACCAAUCAAGGUCUCUGCACCAGAAUACGUCGAAUAUCUUAUGACUUGGGUUCAAAACAUUUUGGACGAUGAGAAUAUUUUCCCAUCAAGAGUUGACGUACAAUUCCCAAAGAAUUUCCAAACAAUUGUAAAGAAUAUUUUCAAGAGAUUGUUUAGAGUUUAUGGACAUAUCUAUUACUCUCAUUUCCCAAAGAUUGUUUCACUUGGAGAGGAGGCUCAUUUGAAUACUUGUUUCAAACACUUUUACUUUUUCAUUAUUGAAUUUAAUUUGGUAGACAAGAAGGAAAUGUUACCAUUGCAAGACUUGAUCGAUAACUUGACAAAGAGCAAUAGUUAA